AUGUGCGGGCGACGACAACGUGACAGGCGGCGCGUGCUCCCUGAUGCUAAUUAGGCGGCUACAAAAUUAAAGUCAAAAGCGCUUGUGUCUAAUUAAACGCUGGCGGGGCUCAACCCGGCGCGCGUCCGCCACCAAAAACAGACAAUGAGCCGGAGUUUAUAUCCAGAUAGCCGCUCCCUGAGCGGGCGUGGAACCCCCCCGCGAAGGCGGAGAUGGUUCAGUCUGUAGUAGGACGUCGUAGAUCAAUGAAGCGGGCCAGCCUUGGCCCAGCGUCGCCCGGUGUGCGGAUGUGCCAGUGCGGGGCUGCAGAGGACAUUACAGCCUUUAUUACUGUGUUAAACACCACCGACACGAUGCGGAUUUUUUAAACCCAGAUUGGAUAUUUUAUCUUCUGGAGUCCGUCUCGUGGCGUUCGUGCUUAAAAACUCUUUACUCGGACAUAAAAUACACUCGUGUCCUCCAGGAUGAUAUUUGCAAAUACAGGCAACCCGCUGAAGGCAGCAAAUCGUAAGCAGUCCUACCCAAUGACUCCGUCCAGUCCUAGCAGCAGCAGCAACAGCAGCAGCACAGGCCCGGAGCAGCUCAGCAAAACCAACCUCUACAUCCGCGGCCUGCCUCCAGCCACCACAGACCUGGACCUGGUUAAGCUCUGUCACCAGUAUGGGAAGAUUCAGUCAGCGAAGGCAAUUCUGGACAAGACAACCAACAAAUGUAAAGGUUAUGGCUUUGUAGACUUUGACAGCCCUGCAGCCGCAUUAAAGGCCGUACACGCUCUGAAAACCAGCGGCAUUCAAGUCCAGAUGGCCAAGCAACAGGAGCAGGACCCGACCAAUCUGUAUAUUUCCAACCUGCCGCUGUGUAUGGAUGAGAAGGAGUUGGAGAACAUGUUGCAGCCCUUUGGCCAAGUAGUCUCCACACGCAUCCUACGGGACUACAGUGGAAACAGCCGUGGUGUAGGCUUUGCCAGGAUGGACACAACUGAGCAGUGUAAUGCAGUGAUCUCACACUUCAACGGGAGGUUUGUUAAGCUGGCCUCCGGAGCUCUGGCUCCGUCUCAGCCCUUGCUGUGUAAGUUUGCAGACAGUCAAAGGAAGAAACAGACUCACAAUGGAUUUGUUCCCAACAGUCAGAUAGGGGAUCUCAGACUAGGCGCAUUGACGCUGACCUAUGACCCCUCCACAGCAACUAUGCAGAAUGGAUACUAUCCAUCUCCAUAUCCUGUGGCCAACAGGAUAUUGACGGUGCAGCCUGCUAUGUCCCCGUACAUGUCUCCACUUUCUGCUUACCAGGUGCAAAAUCAUUCUUGGAUGCCACAUCAACCAUAUAUCAUGCAACACCCGGCUGCAGUGAUGUCGCCCUCUGUUGAUCCCUCCAUGUCGAUGCACCCGGCGGCUGUGGUUACUCAGCAGAUGGCUCAGAUGUCACUGGGAAACACCGGAGCAUAUGUUGCAGCCAACCCUCCUGUACAAGGAGCUUACAUGCCUCAGUAUCCUCCUUUGCAGGCUGCUCCGGAAAAUGGCACGCAGCAGCAAAUGGAUUCUUCCAACAACUCAUCUCCUUACAGUCAACUCAGCAAGUAAUCACGGAGGAUUGCAGAUUGCUGAGCCUGCAGAAAGUUUCUGAUGACAUCUCCAUGAUGUCACAGCCUUUUCUGAUUGGACCAGACACAUGAACUUUUUUGCACAGACCCAACUUUUGUGAUGACAAAUGAUGACGAUGUACAGUAAAUGAACUCAAGCAGUUGGCAAAUCACAGAAAAACAAGAUUUAUUUUGAUAAGAAACGAUAUGUUUUUCUUCUCUCUUACUUCAAAGGACUCAAAUGUGUCAGCAGAAACCCCGAGGAUGAUGUGCUGUUAAAAUGCAUCAAAUAGAAAUAUUUUUCCCCAAGGUUUCUAUGAAAUGAACUGAAAAAAAUGUGUGUGAGAUGUAUUUAAAAAAAAUUGCAAAACCUUGUUUGCACUGAGGUUUACAGUUUUAAAUUUGCUUCAUUUUUGGUUUUCGAGGUUGUCAAGGAGGAGCUGACGAAGUCAAAUUUUAAAGACAUCUGAUCAUUUCAUUAGAAAAUUAAUGAAUUUAUUAUUGGAAAUGGUGCCUUCCUUUUUGCCACAUCAAACAUUCUCCAACUUUUCUCGCUGAACUUGAACUUGAUCAGGUGUCAUGGUGUUUGUCUGUCUGACUAAUCAGAUGUUUGUGUGGACAUCUCCAUUCAGUCUUUAGUCUUGGAGCAAUAAAGGCAACAGUUCAAGGGCAAUACAGAACAAAAAACUUAAUAAUGUUGACAAACUCACAGCAAUGUAAUUCCUUAUUUUCCUCUUUAUCUUCAUUUUAUUUUGUUUUUUUGUUGUUGUUUUUUCACAUAAUGGGCGUGUUUUAGGAGGGCUUUUCUCUUGAGGUCAAUGUGACCAAUGAUCUACCUCAUGUUUCUGCAACCCACUGGUGUUGUGGGGUUUGCAGGUACAGCCCUUAACACCAGAAUGAAGGAAGCAGAACCAAUGCCACACUCAGGAGCUGGCUAAAAUGGACCUUUAUAUCUCCCACA